AUGGAAUCACUACCCCUUGAAACCCGUGAGCACAUUGCCUCCUUCCUGCUCGAACAACCAAACUAUGCAGAAACCGAAAGUUUACCAGUGUCAUCACACAGCGCAAGAAAUGACAUCUACAAUACUCGUCUAGCCAGCCGACGCAUGCACGAAGCAACAACAAAAGCCUUUGCUCGCGCGAUUGAAGAUAGUCUGCAAAAUCUCAAUUCUCUUGUCGCACUCCCCUAUGUCGGCCAUAAUAUCAAGAGCUUGGGAUUUGAGACGUCGAGGAUCGACGAAGAAGACUUUGGACCAUUAUGCGGAACGCAUCCAGAACGCGUGGCGGCACUGAGUGUGCGAAAUCGGUGGCUUAUGGAGAAAUCCGGAGGGGAGCUUGUAUCUGUGUUUGUACGGACACUGGGGUUGAGACAUUUGACUAUUAUACCGGAUCAAAUGGUUCCGGUGGAGAAAUUGGAGGUGGAUGAGAUGGUGCUGAGUGUGGUUGUAGAUCCUUUUGAGGUGAGUCGCUUUAUCCUGUCUUCUGUAUCCAACAAGCCCUCUCAGCAACCAACCUCGACCAAAAACUCAACCCCUCAAAAUCCUAACCAGCGACCCACCAAAAAACUACCGCCACGGCGUAUUCUACCCCAACAAAUUCGGCGCCAUGGUUCGCCGCCUCCCCUCUCUCACAUACACAUGACCGUCAGCGCAGAAAGCCAAUUCGUAACCUCAGUCCGCUUCAUAGGCCCGAAGUUAACGAACCUAAACAUCUACCUCGCCCGCGGUAUAUACCUCGGUUUCGGAGCUUACACGCCUCCGUUCUUCAAUCCCAGGGGGAAACCACUGGAAGACAUGACGAUAAGCGCCUACGGCGCCGACAUAAACUACCGCGACCUCUACAAAACGCUCGUCGAACUAGGCGCUACCACACCAACCACCAUAUUCGUGGACCGCCUAACCAUCAGCGGAUCAUCCAUCCACAAAGCCACAGCCUGGUUACGGCGGGCUCUCCCGCGAAACCUACAUUUUAGGGAACUCGUCUUCGACGACGUUUAUCUGUGUUCUGAGAAUGAUGUCGUGCCGCUGUUUGCGAGGUGGCGGGCGCUUCCUGUGUGGGCAGAGAAGGCCGGUGUUGUCAAGUUUGUGACUGAGGGGGUGGAAAGGGUGGUGUCUCCGAGUGAUAUGUUUCAGGGAGAGAGCAAUGAGAGUGAGGUUGAUGAUUUCUAUGGGGAUGAUAUGGAGGAUGAGAUUUAUGAGGAGGAGGGGGAGGACGAGGUGUUUGAUUAUGAUACAGGGGACGAGGAAGAAGAUCAUAUGGAUGAGUUGGAGGAAGUGGAUGAGGUGGAGGAAGUAGACGAAGCUGAGGGAUCGGUGGUCUAG